ACUGAGGUCCAAAGCAUUUUAAAAGGACCAGUGGGAUUACAGCAUGUAUGAAGAUGAGAUUGGGAUUUAUUUUCUUUUGUUAGCAGUUUGUGAAAAACAAACAGUUCACAGGCUGUUUGGGCUCCGUUUUCAUAAAGAAAUGGUUUCUGGAUUCUGUGUGAGCAUGCUACUGCUCUCUCUGAUAACCUUUGGGUUGCUUGCACCAGGAAAUUCCUACAGAGAUGGAAGCAAAUAUCUUGAAUCUUAUUCAGCACGAGCUGAGACUAUACCCCGCUCCUACCGACCUGGUUCCUCCAGUUAUGAUGCCUCUCUACAACCAAGAACCUCUGUGGCUGGCUCAAAAUUCCCUGGAAGUCAAUCAGCUGAAAUGUCCAAACCAUUUAUAAGCCAAGGUCAAAGUAGUUACAGCAGGCAAGUAAAUGGGUACAGUCAACCAGGAAGUGUCUCUAGUUACAGGUCUGCCUCAGCUCUGAAUUCACAGCAGCAGCCACAAGCUAGCCUUAACCAAUGGAAACCGAGCAUGAGGGAACCUUCAUCAUACCAAGGUGAGAAGCGAUAUGGUUCAAGUGUUGUCUCAAGUGGUGCAAUUGAGAUGCGUGCUCCAGAAAAUCCACCUCAGCUGCAGUCCAGUUCCCCAGGCACAGGUGGACUCGAGACCAAAUCUGGCAUGUGGGACAAUGUUCCUGCUUUCCAGAUACCCCAUCAACAACCUGCAUUCUUGGCGCCUGCGGUGCUACAAACAAACACUGGCAUGUGGGACAGUGUUGAUGCUCAAAUCGCAAAGUCCCCAGGACCAGUUGCCCACAAACCCCUUCAGAAACUGGCAUUUUCUGCACCUUUUAUGCAACCAGCAAAAGCUAACAGGUGGUGGAACAUUUUUACUAAAAACGUUAAGGCCCCAGAUUCCACUGCCCGACAUGAGUACCCUUUGGCAGCGCCUGGUGUGCUGAAAACCAGUCCUGGCCACUUGUACAACAUUUACACUCCAGGUGCACUGUCUCCAGUUUUUACUGCCCAGCGACACAAAAAGCCCUCAUCUUUUUCAGCACCUGCUGUACUCCAAACCAACCACGGUAUGUGGGAUGGCAUGUUCUCCCCUGAGUCCAGCAAACAACUUCCAGCCAAUCGCAGCGGUUCUAGACCUUUAGCUCUUGGAUACUACUCUAUCAAGCUGCCAUCAGGUCUUGCUGCAAUCCAGCAGCAGGGAAAAUUGCUGGCCCACCAACCGAGGCAGUUGGGCUCUCCAGCUUCCAGUGUGCUAAAGAACAAAGCUGUCUUGAAAGAUGUCUACUCAAAACCACAAACAAAACAUGACCCAAGAAGCUCUAGACCAGUUAAUGUGGAGUCUCACUACCAACAAGGAAGUCGACAACCACAACUGUCAUACAACAGAAACUGACAAGCCUCUGGGAUCCUUGUUCCUCCUACUCUAUGUAUAAUCAUUCAUAUGGAAAUGCACCGAACUUUGAUAAAUUGUUUAAAAGUGCAUUGCCUGUCAGUGGUAUCUUGAACUACAGCACUGAUUCAAUGCGAUCACUGAAAGGUUUAAGCCGUAGUACUUCAGGAGCUGUCUAAACAGUUUACCAAGCAGAUGUAAUUGCAGGUAAAAUGGACAUUGAAAGAAAAUGUCAAAAGUGCUUUAGGGUUAUGGUCUGUCCUAGAACUAAAUGCAUGUGAAUUGCACCAGUUGUAAGAUGAAACUAACUCAAAUGUUGACUACUUUUCUUACCAAGGUUGCGUGACAUAAUCUCUGCACCAUGACUGGGGGAGAACAGUGCUGAUUACUAGAAUUUGUGUGUAGAAGGAAUGCUGAUAAAAGCUUGAGGACUGGAUUUGGGCAUCCCUGCCAGAGGGGGGGAAAAAAAUCAGUCUUUUACUCAAAGCUCUGAUCCAGAGUUGGUCUAAACAUUUGCCAGUUUCAGUAUGCAGUAAAGAUGUUCAAUGUGUAAAAUGGUUUACAUGCAGUAAAAGCAGUGAUGUCUUAA